CUAGCAAAGUUUACUUUAAGGCGUGCUGGCAAUCGGAUUCGACACGUUCUGAUCGAAAGACGUGUUGUUGUCCUGUGGGUGGUCUCAACGUGUGGGGUCAUAGUUUUCUUGAAAAAGAAUCCUAUUCGGAGGACUUGUCGUUGGUUUGAAAAAACAUUUUUCCCUGGAUUGUGACAGAAUACAUCGAAGAAUAAAUCUCUCAAAAUGUGAAACCGAAGCGCAACAAAAAGUGAAAACAGAUUUAUACUUGAGUGAAUAAGAAAUACUUUCACAGAGAUAGAUUUUUUUUUGCUACGAUGCGAACGGGGCUAAGAACGACCGUAAAGUGAAAGAUAGUCGGAAAAUUCAUCCAAUAAACGUCUAGUGAAAAGUGGGUGUGUGAUUGCAAAAAAUUGAAAAAUCUUUUCCCAAGGAUCGAUGGUGCAGGCAGUGUGCAAGGAUUUACAGUGCAAGCUGGAUUUCGUCUGAAGCUGUACAAUCCUCAGACGAAAGCUACCAUAACUCGUUGCAGUUGUUCUCCGCUGGGAGGACUGUGAUUUCUGGAUUGAACUUUAAGCGAUAACUUUAAACUUCAAGAUGAACGUCCAACCGACAAAAUACCAUGGGCUGGUGCUCGACUUGAUGCCGAACAUUCGGCUGAUGCAAGGCUUCGGUCACUUUCUUUUCCGUUACGUAAAUGGGCCGGUCCUGAUUCGGAAGCUGUACUCCUGGUGGAACCUGAUAAUGAUCCUGCUGCAGUAUUUUGCCAUCAUGGGCAACCUGGUGAUGAAUACAGGGGACGUCAAUGAGCUAACGGCAAACACCAUAACGACGCUGUUUUUCACCCAUUCCGUGACCAAGUUCAUCUACGUCGCCGUCAACUCGGAACAUUUCUACCGCACGCUGGGCAUCUGGAAUCAACCGAACAGUCAUUCACUUUUUGCCGAAUCGGAUGCUCGGUACCAUUCGAUUGCGUUGGCUAAGAUGCGAAAACUGCUGGUCAUGGUGAUGGUGACUACAGUGCUAUCCGUCGUCGCAUGGAUCACGAUAACAUUCUUCGGCGAUAGCGUCAAAAAUGUAUUCGACAAAGAGACUAAUGAAACGUAUACGGUGGAAAUUCCCCGAUUGCCCAUCAAGGCUUGGUACCCGUGGGAUGCAAUGAGCGGAGUGCCGUACUUUUUCUCCUUCAUCUACCAGGCUUAUUUCCUGCUGUUUUCGAUGUGCCAGGCCAACCUCGCCGAUGUGAUGUUCUGCUCCUGGCUGCUCUUCACUUGCGAACAGCUGCAGCAUUUGAAGGGUAUAAUGCGCCCCCUGAUGGAACUUUCCGCCACGCUGGACACCUACCGACCAAACUCGGCUGCCCUGUUCCGUGUCGCUUCCGCCGGAUCCAAAUCGGAGCUGAUUUUGAAUGAAGAGAAAGAUCCCGACACGAAAGAUUUCGACUUGAACGGUAUCUACAACUCGAAAGCGGACUGGGGUGCACAGUUCAGGGCGCCAUCCACUUUGCAAACGUUCGGUGACAAUGGUAUCAAUGGUAAUCCAAAUGGACUAACCAAGAAGCAGGAACUGAUGGUCCGAAGUGCGAUCAAGUACUGGGUGGAGAGGCACAAGCACGUCGUUCGCCUCGUAUCGGCCAUCGGUGAAACUUACGGAGCCGCCCUGUUGCUUCACAUGUUGACCUCGACCAUCAAGCUGACCCUGUUGGCUUACCAGGCAACCAAAAUCGAUGCACUCAACGUUUAUGGACUGACCGUGAUCGGCUAUCUGGUCUAUGCUCUGGCUCAGGUGUUCCUGUUUUGCAUUUUCGGCAAUCGAUUAAUUGAAGAGAGUUCAUCAGUGAUGGAGGCUGCCUACUCGUGCCACUGGUAUGACGGUUCCGAGGAAGCCAAAACUUUCGUGCAAAUCGUUUGCCAGCAGUGUCAGAAAGCGAUGACCAUAUCCGGGGCCAAGUUUUUCACCGUUUCACUGGAUCUGUUCGCAUCGGUUCUGGGAGCGGUCGUCACCUACUUCAUGGUGUUGGUGCAGUUGAAAUAAUUCGUUAAUUAUGGACAAGCUGAAAACUAUACGGUACUAUUUUUGAUACUAAUGCAACUGAACGGCGAUACAUGACAUGAAAUCGUUUUUAUAUGUAGAUUUAUAAGGAAGAAAAAAAUUAUCAGUACAAGAACAAUUAGACUAGACCCUCCGACACUGAGUAGCGGAGGCUAAUGAUGUUGAUAUAUUAAAUAUUUUAGUAAGAAUUUUUGAUGUAGCUGAAAUAGACGCUCAAGAUGAAUGCAAUGAA